CUGCAAAUGUUUUAUGCAGCGAAUGCCCUUCCAGCUGCAACCCAUCACUGGGUCCCUCGCCAACCUUCAAAAUUUCGCCCAAAAGCAGACAGGAGGAUCGGCCGGUGCUGACGCGACUCGUCGGCAGGAAGCGGCUGAUCGCGGCGGGGGUGCUCGGUGUGGUCAUGGUCCUGGUGCUGGUCAUCCUCAUCCCGGUUUUGGUGAGCUCUGCCGGGUCAUCCGCUGCUCACUAUGAGAUGCUCGGCACCUGCAGGAUGGUUUGCGAUCCGUACGGUACCAAAUCACCAACCAGCACGGUCUCAGCAGACCCGGUGCGGGACAGCAACCUUAUGCAGUCUUUACCAACUUUUAUACAGGGUCCGAAAGGUGAACCAGGACGCCCUGGGAAAGCGGGGCCGAGGGGCCCUCCUGGUGAACCCGGACCACCUGGACCCCCUGGACCUCCCGGAGAGAGAGGGGACCCGGGUCGACCUGGAUUACCAGGACAGCCGGGACCAAACCUGGCCACCGGCGCCAUCAGCGCGGCCACCUACAGCACCGUGCCCAAAAUCGCCUUUUACGCAGGGCUCAAAAAGCAGCACGAGGGCUACGAGCUGCUUAAGUUUGACGACGUGGUCACGAAUCUCGGGAAUCAUUACGACCCUACCACGGGCAAAUUCACCUGCUCCAUACCGGGAAUAUACUACUUUACCUACCAUGUGCUGAUGCGCGGAGGAGACGGAACCAGCAUGUGGGCUGAUCUGUGUAAGAACCAGCAGGUGCGUGCCAGUGCCAUCGCCCAGGACGCAGAUCAAAACUACGACUACGCCAGCAACAGUGCCAUCCUUCACCUGGAGCCUGGAGAUGAAGUCUACAUCAAACUAGAUGGAGGAAAAGCCCAUGGCGGCAACAACAACAAGUACAGCACCUUCUCUGGUUUUAUUAUAUACGCCGAUUAGGACAUACGCGCCUCCUCCAGACGGGCUCUCUCUCUGCUAUUCCCCCUAUUCUUUUUUUUUAACGUUUCUUUUGCAUAUUUUUUUCCUUUGGGCCCGGGGCAAGCAGACAGACCUACUCAAACAUCCCUCAUCAUUAGUCAGUAGAUGUGGGUUUGAAGGCAGAACACUUUGCCCUGCAAUCCAAAAAUCAAGAACCAACCAAAAAAGAAAUACAGAAAAAAAGGCCCGGAGAAAGAAGCACUUCAUCACUGAGGAAAGCUGGAAAGGAAGCAAGCGAGGAGUCUUUCUAUGUCUGUGGCCAUCAAAGAAGCCUGAGAUGUUUUAUAACGUGACAUAAUCCUGCUAUAUGUGCAAUAAUCUUGCUAUCUGGUAAUGCCUAACAUGAAGCAUUAGCCCAAAAUUGUCAUCGUCGAAUGUGUAAUCUGACCAAAACGAUCCUCGUGUGUUACUGAAACACUGCUUAUGUUUGUUCGGUACUAUUGGUGAAGCUAAUUAUGAAUUAUAGACAUACAACAAUAUACCUUGAUGGCUUGCAGUGAAAAUAUAUCCCAGAAUUGUUAAAGCUUUCAACGGUUUACGUUUAAUCUGCAGUGUCAGGGUGCUUUUUUUUUUUUUUGCUAUGUAACAUUAGCCGUAGGGGUGUGCGAUAUCAUAAUGAUUGUUUUCACGAUGUGUGAGCUUACAUAACAUUCAUCUUAAAGUUUAAAAAGCCAGUAUUAUUCAUCAG